GAAAAUUCUACUACGGCGGCGGAGCCGCCUCUGAUCAAGGCUUCGGAUCGGAAAUCCUUUGCAGAGGUUGUGGCGGGUAAUGGAGCUCUCUUGGCUAAAAGUCCUUCUAGGUUCAGAGGGAUGCCUUCUAUCAAUUUUUCCGAGGGAGAUAUCAAAAUUUUCGCAUAAAAGCACAAUCAGGAUCUGGUUGGAUAUUUUUUCAAAGGUAAGCCUUAGUUGGCUAUGAUCGGUAAAUCCUUUGAGAUUAUUGGAUUUAAAGGGAAUUUUCAGUUGGGAGUUUUGGACAAUAAGCAUGUACUCAUAAGGUUUGUAUUGGAGGAGGACUUUCUAAAUUGUUGGAAUAGGCAAUCGUGGAUUAUUCAGGGACACACUAUGCAUGUUAUCAAAUGGACUCCAGAGUUUUGUCCAAAUGUGGAGUCUCCGGUGGUUCCGGUUUGGAUUGCUAUGGAAGGUUUGCCAAUUCACCUACAGGACAAGAGAGCACUAUGGGAAAUAGCUGGAUUGGUGGGAAAGCCUAUUAAAAUUGACUCAGCCACAACUACCCUAUCAAGACCUGUAGUAGCUAGAGUUUAAGUGGAGUUGGAUCUCACUAAGGAGAUGCCUCAAAAGUGUGGAUAAACUGCAGUUCACAUGGCUUCUCUCAAAGUAUUAUUUAUGAGAAUAGGCCUGAAUAUUGCUCUUCAUGCCUACACUUGAGCCACUCUCAACAAAAGUGUCCUAAGAGGGUUGUUGAGCAGCCUAAGAUGAUUUCACUUCCUAAGGACAGAUGGAUUCAGAAGCCAAAUAAAGAUAAAGAACACACUCGAGAGGAGGUUUACAGCAGCAGAAAAAGGGAAAAGGAAAGUUACAAAAUUACAGGAGCAGAAUAAGCAAAAUACAUCCAAAACAGAUAACAUCCAGAAGGAUAGUGACUCAGACGUGGAAGAGGUUUUCUUGGAUUCAAUGGAGCAGCCAUCAGUUGAAGAAAAAACCUUCAUUGUUUCCUUAAUCCAGGCUGAAAUUCCUGGUUUAUCUCUCUCAGAUCCCAGGGACAUUGGCAGGCCUAAGGAUGACACCAUCUUUUGAUAAUUAUCCAUCAUUUGGAAGGAGAUCCUGCACGAGUCAGCAAGGGGUACUUUUCAGAAGGGGAACAACAAAAGAAUGUUCAUAACAUCAACAUUGAAGCACUGGAUCCUGAAAUCAAAGUUAGUGAAAAAAUGGAGCUUAAACUAGGAUGAGAGGAAGCAGCUAACCUCAAUGCUACUGAAAAAGAGGGACCGUCUCAAUCUGAACCUGAAGAGCAUGAGAAACGUGUGGAAUCAGAAGGGAGGGAUGAGACUUUUACAAUGGUGGUUAGAAAAGCAUCAAAAAAGGAAAAACAAGCAGAAGCAUCACUGAGGAGGCCAACUAGGGUCCAACUAGGGGUAUUUUUUGCUCUGUUUCAUGAAUUGCUUAAUAUGGAAUGCUAGGGGCCUGCAAUACUCUAGUUCCAGACUUAGUUCCCUAGUCACACAAUGGAGGCUUAUGUCGUUGAUUAUCAUUGAGCCAACGGUGGACAGUUCUAAGAUCAACCAUUACAAAACUAUGUUUGGUGUUAUUGAUGCAGCUUUUUCACCUAGCACAAAAAUAUGGAUUUUUUGGGACUCCUGAAGGAUUAAUAUUAGUCAGGUGCAAUGGCAUACUCAAUUUGUCCACUUUAAAGUGUCUAGUAAUACAUUCAAGGGUUGGAUUAUUGGGGUUUAUGGCAGACAUACAUACAUUACCAGGAGAGACCAUUGGAAUGCCCUCAAGGCUAUUUCUUACAAUAUGACAUAUGCUUGGUUGGGAGGGGACUUCAAUGAAAUAGCAAAAUAUAGUGAACAUAAAGGGAACUCUUUACCAGUUUUGAGGGGGGUGAAUGAAUUCUCUGACUUUAUUGCAGCUUGCCAAUUGACUGAUCUUCCACAUUCAGGGCCAUGUUUUACCUAGACAGGAGUAAGAUCAAAUGGAAGGGUAUGGAGGCGCCUUGAUAGAUGUUUUGUUAAUGAUAAAUGCAUUGAUAUUUUUGAUCAUAUCCAUAUUUCUUUUCUUAAUAGAUCUCCUUCAGAUCACAACACAAUCUUAAUUCAAUGCAGCAGUAAUGGUUAUUCUAGACCUAAACCACUUUAGAUUCCAAAACAUGUGGUUUUCUAAUGCCUCUUUUAAGGACAUCAUUAAUAAAAAGUGGAAUUCUUAUGCUUAUGGGGGAGGAGUGAGGGGCCUGGUGUCUAAACUCAAAAGUCUGAAACAUGAUUUAAAAGUUUGGAACAAGGAAGUCUUUGGAAAUAUUUUUGAUGAUAUCAGAGCAUGUGAAAAUGUGAUCCUUCUUGCUGAAAAAGCAUUUGAAGAAAAUCCAGGUGAGGCUACUAAGGAGGAUUGGGCACACAAAAGAAAUAUUUCCUUUCAAGUUUGUUACAAAAAUACAAACUUGAAAGGAAAUAUUGGAAACAGAAGGUUCACAUUCUUUGGAUAAAAGAAGGGGAUUGCAACACCAAAUUUUUUCAUUCCUAUGUCAAGAUCAGGAAUAGGAAGCAAUGUAUUACCUCCAUCCAGGACAGUUCUGGGAAUACAAUCUCCACUUCUUCCCAAAUUGGUGAUGUGCUAUUGAUUUCUUCUUGAAUCUAUUCUCUGGUCAAAGUUCUAUUUCUCAUUAUGAGAUCCUGAACCAUAUACUACAACUCAUUUCUCGGGAUGAUAAUAUCAUUCUUGCACAACUUCCUGGUCCGGAGGAGAUAAAGAAACAUGUCUGGGAUCUCAAUCAGAGUAGUGCUUCUGGUCCUGAUGGAUUUAAUGGAAAGUUUUUCAAAAAGUGUUGGGAUAUUGUGGGUAUGGAUGUAACUAUGGUUGUACAAGAGUUCUUUCUUGGUUUGACUAUUCCCCAAGGCAUGUCUAGCUCUCAUAUUAUUUUAAUUCCUAAAAAAGAUAAUCCAGUUACAUUUACUAAUUUUAGGCCCAUCUGUCACUCAAUUUCAUUAGCAAAAUUUGUACUAAGGUCCUGACUUCUAGACUUAGUACAAUCUUGCCUAAAAUUAUUUCGGAAGAGCAGGUUGGCUUCAUGGCUGACGGGGAUAUGGCUGACCAAAUUUUAAUGGCACAAGAGACGAUUCAUUGUAUUGAAAAGAAGGUUAGAGGCUCAAAUAUGGUGAUUAAGCUAGAUAUGGCUAAGGCAUUUGACAAGCUCUCUUGGUCCUACUUAACAGAGAUUUUAAACAGAUUUGGUUUCUCUUCACAGUUUAUUCAUUUAGUCAUGAAUAAUCUUAGAUCCACAUGUUUAUCUAUCAUUACUAAUGGCAAACCUCAAGGUUUCUUUAAGCCUAAAAGAGGGGUCAAACAGGGGGGACCCCUUAUCUCUCUACAUAUUUAUAAUGCUUCUGAAGGGUUCUUCAGGGGUUUAAAUUGGUUGAUGGAUACUGGAAAAAUGAAGCCCUACUAGAUGGGAAAUUCAGGUUAUCCCAUGUCUCACUUGGGAUUUGCAGAUGAUCUUUUAUUUUUCCUAAAUGAGAAUUCAAGGUCUCUGCUCAACUUCAAAAAGUUUCUAGCUAACUAUCAGGAAACAUCAGCACAUACAGUGAAUCUUACCAAGAGUUCUAUUCUGUGUGGGAAAACCAUCAAUGUCAGGCACACUAGAAUCAAGAAUCUUAUGGACAUGAAGCCUACAUCCCUUCCUUUGAGAUAUCUUGGAGUGAAUCUGCACAAAG